AUGGGUCGUUUUCCGUUUUACUUGAACACCAAUAGAGCUGGUCGGGUUGAUGAAUUACGAACCUGGAUACAUAAAUGACAUGGUUAAUUCUCCGAGCAUUCCUUCAUCUAUUUUCCGCCGCGUCCGUCCCUUCCUCCGCUUAUGUGCCGAACGAUCUUCUCUCCCUGUCGGCAAACAACUCCACGCCUUAAUCCUCACCACAGGCCUCACCGCAACCCAAGAGUCCCUUCUCAACGCCCUCCUACACUUCUACGCUACAUGUGGGGAUAUACCCUCUGCCCGCAAACUGUUCGACGGAAUUCCCCACUCACACAAGGAUGCCAGAGACGGGACAGCCCUCAUGUCCUCUUUUUCCCGCCAAAAUUUGCCCGUUGAAUCGCUACGUCUGUUUGCCCGAAUGCUUGCACAAGGCACGGAAAUCGAUGAGGUGGCCAUGGUCUGCUUCUUUAGUGCCUGCGUUCAGUUGCAGGAUGAUUGCAUGGGGAGUCAGGGCCAAGGGUAUAUCGUGAAGAUGGGGAUGGGGGGGUGGGUCAAGGUUUGUAAUGCAUUGAUGGAUAUGUACGGGAAGCGUGGGAUGGUAGAUAAACUGAGACGAGUUUUUAGCGAGAUGAAGGAAAGGACUGUGGUCUCGUGGACAGUGCUUUUGGACGCCACGGUGAAGUGGGAAGGUGUGGGGAAAGGGAGAGUUGUGUUUGAUGAAAUGCCGGAGAGGAAUGAAGUAGCCUGGACUGUUAUGAUUGUGGGUUAUGUGGGAAGUGGAUUCGGCAAGGAGGCCUUUGUCCUAUUACGUGAGAUGGUGUUCAAUUGCGGGUUUAUAUUGAAUUAUGCAACGCUUUGUUCAUUUCUGUCAGCAUGUGCCCAGUCAGGGGACAUGGCGAUGGGGAGGUGGGUUCAUGUUUACCGUCUGAAGAUGAUGGAGAUGGAGAUGGGUAUCAUGGUGGCGACGGCCUUGCUUGAUAUGUAUGCAAAAUCUGGGAGGAUAGAUACAGCAACACGGGUCUUUAACUCAAUGCCACAAAGGAAUGUAGUGACUUGGAAUGCUAUGUUUAAUGGGCUAGCUAUGCACGGACGAGGUAGGCUCUUAGUGGAUAUGUUCCCAAGGAUGACUGAAGAAGUCAACCCUGAUAAUUUAACCUUCAUGGCUGUUCUAAGCGCCUGCAGUCACUCAGGUCUGGUAGAUCAGGGUUGCCACUAUUUUGAUAGCCUUGAACCUGUGUAUGGCAUAGCCCCUAAGAUUGAACACUAUGCUUGUAUGGUGGAUCUUCUAGGCAGGGCUGGUCGUUUGGAGGAAGCUGAAAAUUUAAUCAAGAAAAUGCCAAUUCCUCCAAAUGAGGUUGUUUUGGGUUCUCUUUUGGGUUCUUGCAGUGUCCAUGGGAAGAUAGAACUGGGAGAACGUGUUCUGCAACAGCUGAUUCAGAUGGAUCCCCAUAAUAUAGGAUAUCAAAUUCUACUAUCUAAUAUGUACUCUUUGGCUGGACAGAGUGACAAGGCCAAUGCCCUCCGGAAGACUCUUAAAACUAGAGGAAUCAGAAAAGUUCCUGGAAUGAGUUCUAUUCACAUUGGUGGUAAGGUUCAUCAGUUCAGUGCAGGAGACAAGUCUCAUCCAAGAACCCGGGAGAUUUACCUCAUGCUAGAUGAUAUGGUUCAAAGGUUGCGAUUGGCUGGUUAUGCUCCCAAUACUACAUCACAAGUGUUUGCUGGGUCUGAUGGGGUAGAGGGUGAUACAGGCAAGAUGGAGGAGAAGGAGCUAGCAUUGUUCUCGCACAGUGAGAAGCUAGCAGUAUGCUUUGGUCUUAUAAGCACAAGAGCGGGCACGCCACUCUAUAUUUUCAAAAAUCUACGUAUCUGCCCAGAUUGCCAUUCAGCCAUUAAACUUGUUUCAAAGAUAUACAAUCGAGAAAUCUCCAUUAGAGAUCGCAACCGAUUUCAUCAUUUCAAGGAAGGGUCAUGUUCUUGUUCUGAUUAUUGGUGACCAUGACAGCAUCAAACUUGUAGAGAACCAGGACUCGCUUUAAUAUUAUCUGUUGCCUGCCCUUGGAUAGAAGAUCAAAGAAGCUUGGAUUUCUCACCGAACAGGCCCAUCUUAGGGAUGCUUCAUUUCGAUGAAUGACGAUUGUGAAUUAUUUUAGACCGGAUAUUGUUCCUGGAAAGGAUCAGACAUUUGAAAGUCUUGCUUCAGGACCACAAGGAUGUCUGCUUGUUGGGGCAAGAAAGAUAGAGACCUUGAGACCUUGAUGAUAACAUUCUUCCCUGUUCUAGCGUUAACAAAGUGUAUCGGCAGGGUAAUUAUCAACUUAUGAAGAUUCAGCUUCAUGUCUAAGGUCAACUACACCCCUCUGGAGGCCAAGGAGUAAGGGAUCAACAAGAAAGAUGUGGUCAAAUCUUCACAUGUGUUGUAUUGAUUUAAUGCUGGACAAAGUUUGCCUGAUAUCAUUUAUGACUUUGGGUUGAAUGUCAAUUAUUGU